CAACCCUUCCUCCCUAGCCGCCAGCCCUGCUCAUCCCCUCCUCCCCGCUCCCUCCAUCCUCCCCCAUGUCGCCGCCCCUCUUCUCCCCGCACGCCUCGGCCGCCUCCUCUCCUCCGCCGUGUCGUCGGGCCCCUCCCUCCUCCUACCUCCUCCUUCCUCCUCUCAGUCCCGUGCCAGCCGCCGCCCAAACCCUAGCCCCCGUUUCCCUCGAUCCCAACAGUAAUCGCAUCCACAGCCACCUUCUCACAGCCGCUGCACCAUUCCUCCCUUCUGCCCCUUCCUCCUUCCCGGAUCCCCACCACAGCGCCGACCUGCAGACAAAGGGCCAGGCGGUGGUGCGCCCGCCGGAUCCGAGGCGCGUGGGAGGGCAGCAGUGGCGCGUCGAUCAGAUCGAGAGCGACCCCGAUGGAGGGGAAGGGACCGGUAGGCGCGUGCAGGCGGCAGAAGCUUGGGGGAUUGGGGAGAUGGCGGCCAACCGAGUUUCUUCGACUGAUCUGGACAUGGCCAUGGCAGCGCACGCAAGGGGCGGAGGCGAGCGACCCUCUGGAGCAACGCACAUCGACAGACCUGAGUGCGUGAUGUGCAGCAGCAAGACUACUCAGGAUAGAGAUGAUAUGAAUGUGAGCAACAAAGUUAUUUACUCGGGAAUGCCUUGGUAGGUCUCUCUAACUAUUCAGUUUCAUCCACAGGAUUAACAUUUCUUCAACUUGCUCUCCUCCCACCUUCAAUUUCUUUAAUUUUUUUGUAUUAGCAAGUAGAAACCGUAGCUUGUUUGAAUUAUGUGAAGUGCAUCCAUGUAACAGUUGCCUC